AUGAGACGCCCUUUUCAAUCACCAACCAACCACCCAAAGUUUCACCAAUACUCAGAACCUUCCAAUCCUUUUCUUUUCUCAAUCCUGGAGGUUCCUGCUCGAACCAAGUCCUGGUCAAGGACUUCCAAUUCUAAAUUUCCAGUCUUCGACGUGGAGUGUGGAAUGGGGCCACGAAGCCCGAUUAGAGGAUAUGAAAUCUUAGUUCCUUUUACCGCUAUUCGAGGGAGGAGUAGAUCUGUCAAGGACCUCGAUUCUCUAAUUAUUCAAGAUGAUAGUUAUACGCCCCCAGAAAGAACCUUCACCCAGCGGCAAGAGAUUGUAUUUGAUUCACAAGCGAAGCAACUGUACAGCACUUUUGUUAUGGCGCUGUCUGAUGCGGUGAUAGGGAAUUUGACGACGAUCUACGUGGCGGUUAUAGCUGGAAUUAAGGUUUAUGGGCUGGUUUGUGGAAAGAGUUUCAGUGGUGGAUUCGUGCUGAUUGUGUCUACUAUUGUAGUGGGUUUAAUCUUGAUUGGGACGCUGACGUGGGAUAUUUCUCGUAAAGCCACGUAUGCGAUUUCGCGGGAUCAUGUCAAUGUUCAUGAGAUGUGCAAAGGUGGUAUUUGCUGGCACGGUGUUGCUGUCCGCUCGCCGGCUUCUCAGGUCCGGUUUAGACUCCCUCAGCAUUAG